UGUAGGGGUGUGGGAGUGAGGUGAUGGGGGAACUGUUGUACUGAAUAUGUAAGAUAAAAAAAUUCAGAUUUGAUGACAUAAUAAUUGAGUAAAAAAUUAACAGCUCAGUUCCUCAUAGACCAAAACUCCAUGAUUGCUUUGCUUCUGGCAGGUGGGUAGGAGAAAGUGAAUUUAAGUGAAAGAGACUAACCUGAGAUCUGCAGUUUCAAUGCCCAUGAAAAUAAUCUAGAAAUAAGAAAUAUUAUUUAAAAAAAAGAUUUCACCUAUCAACAGACAAAAUACAAAAUAUGUUAAAAUUGAUUGAAAAAGCAUUACAGUUUCAUACAAAAUUGCAACUAUUAUUAGACUUAAUAUAGUCAUUGUUUCAUCUUUUUUAAAUAUAACAGAUAGCAACAAUUUUCUCACAAUUUUAAAUUGUUUUAGCUUUUUAGAAAUGAACUUUAAGAGCACAAAUGUUAAUGUGAGGAAUAGCCUUUAUGAAGAUGUAUGUCUGUAGAUUACUGUAGGUUUGUAUGAUGCCUACUCACAAAAGAGAAUUUUCCUACCAAGCCCCAUUAGCUUGGAACAGAUUUCCUGUCAGCCUCCAUCACUCUGAUUUUCUUACCACCUUUAAGUCUAUACUUAAGUAUGUAACAUCAUCAUGCACAGCAUGUACCUUACUGAUUAGUAAAAAAACUGUGUAAUCAUUGGUGAAUAAAUCAAUGUAGUGCUAUUAAUAGAUAGAUAUAAUAGCAUUUUCACUCUGUCUGUAUUAAUACUCUGUGCUUUUAAAGCAAUAGCAUUGGUUCAUCAUUUUCUAUCGUGCUGCUAUGUAUUGCAUUUAUUAUAGCUAUUCCUCAAUAAUAAAAAAAUUGAAUAGCCUUGAGUUCCGGCUAUGAAAUUUCAUAGAUAUAAUCAAGAAAAGAAUACACAACUUUUGCAUGACACAACACAUUGAAGUAUUUGCAAGUGCACCAAUCAAAUGAAUGGUGGCUUAAUGUCCCGAAAAAUGUAAAUUUACUCAGCAAUUUGCAGGCAAGCUCAGUUCACUUAAUCUGAAUAAGUUAUUAAAGGCUGACACAACAGCUUUUAAAUAAUUCAUGAAAUUCGAGGAAAAGCAAUCACUUGGCAUAGGACCAAUGAAUGCCUUAAAGACAGACACACCCACACACAAGCACACAUGCAUGCAUGCACAAAUACAUGCAUGCACACACACACACACAUGAAAAAGUAGUGAAAUCAAAUUAGAGUGACAAUAACAAAAACAAAUUUUAAAUGUGAUAUUAAGCCCCACAAAUAUGAUAUUUUAGAUUUCUCUACUGAUUAUCAGUCAUAAAUGAGAUUAGGCAAUGCACAUAGUUUUGAACUGUAAUACAAAAAAAUACCACCAAGGGUUAUCAAUUACCAGAAAAAUUUAAAAGAUAUCAAAAUACAUGGGGUUAAGCCUUGACUAAAUCAUUUGCAAAGGAGAGAUCUACUCUUUUGUCAUACUGCUCAACUACAACAUUUUACACACAUGCAUUUAAUAAGAACAAACUUCUGCUUUGAUGGACCACAUCUGCACAUACAGCACUAGCAUAAAUUAUAAAGAAUAAUCCAAGUACACAGAGGCAGCAUUGAGUCAAUAUAUCAUGAUACACUAUGUCUAUAUUUAUUACAUAUGUAUGAAAAAUACUACAGUAUUAUGACUGAAGAACAUGUCAAACAGUGAUUAAGGAAGUAGGUCAUUUUAGUUCACUGCAUUAAUUAUUAAAGAGACAAGUAUUCUGCACCUAAAAUAUUUAUUGAAGUGACAUUUCUGUUGCCUUUACAUUCCCUUUAACACUCAAGGUAAAGCAGUAUAAAAGGAAACUACCUGAGAAAGAAAUGCACAGUUCAGCUGCAGCAGUUCUCUCAUAUGGUGACUAGUAUAUUUCAAAUUGGUGUAUCAGAUUGGUCAGACUUGUGAUAUAUUUACACUAUCAUACUAAUAUCAUGAAAAAGGACUAAAGAUCUAGAAAAAACGGCUGAUUUCAAAUGAAAUGUGUUUAUGCAUACUGAAAGUGAGAAAAAAGAAACAGUAUUUUUAGAGCUCACUGGACUUGUGACAUGGAUUUAUUUUCUGUGCUAGCAUUCAUUGCAAUGUGCCAGCUUCUUCUAGUGGAGAGUGCACUACCUCCACUAUCAAAUCCUGUCAGUAUUGGUUACUACAGUUUGAUGGAGGAUCUCUUAAAACAUCCAGCUGUGCAGUUCAAGAUCCCACCCAGUCCAGUAGUGACAACUUCAUUUAACUCAAGCCACCACAAACCAGAGACUGUGGUUGAAAUAGAGCUAUUCCCUACUAAUAUUCUUGAGCUGAAUGGUAAUCAGGAAGUGAUGGUGAUGACUGCCUAUCUCCAAUUAACAUGGAACCACCCAGACCUCAUUUGGAAUUCAAGUGAGUAUGAGGGAAUUUCAUUAGUGGAGUUUCAGGCUUCCCAGAUAUGGACCCCAUCUUUGACUGUGAUGAGUGAAGUAGAAGACAAAACAAUUGCCCUUGAUGAAAGUGUCAAUUUGUCAAUAAAUCACACUGGAGUUAUCACAGUGGCAUUAGAUAAGCAUUUCAAAACAUACUGCAAAAUGGAUUUUACAUACUUUCCUUUAGAUGAACAAAUAUGCGAUUACAUUUUAAGUGCAUCUUGGACUCCUAUUACACUCAACUACCUGAAAAAUAAUAGUGCAAGUUUCAUAAAACAGUAUUCUCAAGGAGGAGAAUGGAACAUUACAGACAUGUACUGGGAAGCAUCUUAUUCUUCAGACUACAAACGAAGCACAUUGAGAAGCUGUGUUUGUGUUAAAACGCUGGACAUACUUUUAUUCAAUAACAUUAAUUGGACCAAUGUUUGUGUCUGCUCUCAUGAACAGUCUGGUGUUUACUAUUCCACUUGAAGCAGGUGAAAAAGUUUCCUUCCUUAUUUCUAUCUUUUUGUCCAACACUGUUUUUUCUGGUUAUCUCGGUGACAUCCUGCCCCAUUCUUUUCAGAGUAGAAUUCCACUGCUGAUGACUUUCUUAAUAGGACUAUGGAUGUGGAGUCUCUUG